AUGACGAACAUGAUUUUCGUCGCGAGCCAGGGCGACGUGGACGAGUUGACGCGGCUUCUGGACGAAGGCGCGGACGUCAAUAGCGCGGAUUACGACGGGCGGUCCGCGAUACACCUCGCCGCGUGCGAGGGCCACCUGGGCGUGCUUAAACUGCUGCUGGCGCGCGGCGCGAGAGUCAACCCGCGCGAUAGAUGGGGCCAUACGCCUCUGACAGACGCGCGCAAGGCCAUGCGGGAGGGGAAGAAGGGGCAGUUUCCGGAGAUCAUACAAGUGCUGUUGAAGCAUGGCGGCAUUGAGGGGGGUGCAGAAGCGGACGACUGGGAGAUAGACCCAUCGGAGCUGGACUUUAGCAAGUCAAAGCUCAUAGGCAAGGGUGCGUUCGGUGAGAUCAGGCGGGUCAUGUGGAGAGGCACCCCCGUGGCCGCCAAGACAAUUCUGCCGGGACUAUCAGAUGACGUGCAGAUCACGAGAGAAUUCCGGGACGAAAUGUUUCUGCUGCCCAAGCUGCGGCACCCCAACAUCGUGCAGUUCCUGGGGUGCGUCACCCGCCGGCCUCCACUGUGCCUCGUCACCGAGUUCCUCCCUGGGGGCGAUCUACACGAUGUGCUCAAGGCAAAGGGUGCCCUGCCGCCCAGAAUAGCGGUGGGAUAUGGGCUGGACAUAGCCAGGGGAAUGAACUACCUGCACAACCACAAGCCCGAGUCCAUUAUUCACCGAGACCUCAAACCAAGGAACCUGAUUCGAGAUGAAGGGGAUCAUCUAAAGGUGGCGGAUUUCGGUUUGAGCAAGCUGGUGAAGGUGAAUGCGCUGCAUGAGAUGUACAAGAUGACUGGGGAGACGGGCAGCUACCGCUACAUGGCGCCAGAGGUGUUCAAGCACCAGGCAUACGACCGCACUGUAGAUGUCUACUCCUUCUCCGUUAUCUUCUACGAGAUGUUUGAGGGCCUACCGCCCUUUGCCAAGACCAUGACGCCAGAGGGGGUGGCGUGGAAGGUGGCAAUGGAAGGCAUCAGACCGCCCUUCAAGUCCAAGGCAUACCCCGAGGGGGUCAAAGAUUUGAUAUCCCGUUGUUGGGCAGCAGACCCCAUGUCUCGCCCGUCCUUCAUGGAAGUGAUCGAGUUUGAUAUCCCGCUGUUGGGCGGCAGACCCCAUGUCACGCCCGUCCUUCAUGGAAGUGAUCGAGGUGCUCGAGGGGGUGGAGAAGGCGCUCCUGCUGCAGGCGCAGGCAAACAAGCCCGCCCUCUCUCCCUUCUCAGCAUAAAAUAUCACCUUCCCCUGAUAGCGCCUCCCCUGCUGCAAGUGAUCGAGGUGCUCGAGGGGGUGGAGAAGGCGCUCCUGCUGCAGGCACAGGCAAACAAGCCCGCGCUCUCUCCCUUCUCAGCUUAG